AACCUAACCAAAGUAAGUUGCCUUACAUACCACGUUUCUUUCUUUCCAAUAACCAGUAUUAAGGGGAGCUUCUGGCUUUCCUAGUGCUUUUCUUUUUCUCAACAUCUCUUUCUUCAGGUGUGUUGAACCAGAGGGAUUGAAACGGUUUCUUUCGAUACAUAACACAUUCAAUUCAGGUUUUAAAGGGUAUUGGAAUUGAAAUUUAACUUUUGAACUUUUUGGUAACUUUGUGAGAAGAGAAUCCAUUUUUGUCCAACUUCUCCAAGAAUAAUAUUUUUUUAAGCUUUUGUGUAAUCAAAAGGCAAUUAUGGCGAACGUUAUUGGACAUGUGAAGGAAGGUGAACAGCUUGAUUUGCCUCCUGGAUUUCGAUUCCAUCCUACUGAUGAAGAGCUUAUUUCUCAUUAUUUAUACAAAAAAGUUGUUGAUACCAGCUUUUUGUGUAGAGCUAUUGGAGAAGUUGAUUUGAAUAAGUCGGAGCCUUGGGAUUUGCCUUGGAAAGCAAAAAUGGGAGAAAAAGAAUGGUAUUUUUUCUGUGUAAGAGACAGAAAAUACCCAACUGGUCUGAGAACAAACAGAGCAACUGAAGCUGGGUACUGGAAGGCAACAGGGAAAGAUAAAGAGAUUUACAGAGGAAAAUCUCUUGUUGGAAUGAAGAAAACGCUGGUUUUCUACAAAGGCAGAGCUCCGAAAGGAGAAAAAUCCAACUGGGUUAUGCAUGAAUACAGAUUAGAAGGAAAGUUUUCAGUCCAUAACCUCCCCAAAACCGCAAAGAAUGAAUGGGUAAUUUGCAGGGUUUUUCAGAAGAGUUCAGGUGGUAAGAAAAUUCCCAUAAAUGGGUUGAGUAGAUUAAGCCCUCUUGGAAAUGAAAUGGGCCCAUUUGGUCUACCACCAUUAAUGGAUUCUUCAUCACCUUAUUGCAACAAGUCGAAACCUGUUUUCCAGUCGAUGAACGUGCCCUGCUUCUCCAGCCCCAUAAACAACAGCAACGUUAUUAGAAACCAAGAUGAAACAAUGGUUGAUUCCUUGAACAUUAACUCUCUAUACGGUGUCGUUUCAAACCCUCUUUCAACAAACGCUGUUCUCCCAAGAACCCCACUUCCGAACUCGCUUUACUCGGAUCAAAACGCUGCCGUUUCAUCCCACAUGCAGUUCCCUAACUCUUAUAUUGUUCCCCAUAACAAUAAUAAUGGCGAAGACCAGUCGAUCCUCAGGGCUUUGGUUGAGAACAAUGGAUCAAACUUGAGGCAAAUCUUCAAAACAGAGAGAGAAACGGCCGUAAAUAGUGAAGUCAACACAUCUGCAAUGGCCGAUCUCGAAAUGGGUAGGAGACCAUUUGGUAAUCAAGUUAUUCCAACUCAUGCAGCUACUGCUUCAGCUGGUUCAGUUGAUAUGGAAAACUUUUGGAAUUAUUAAGAAGAAGAAAAUAAGAAUUGAAAAUAAAAACUUUGAUGGUUAAUUAGAAGAAAAGUUUGAUUAUUAGUAAUAUUGUUCUUUUUAGUAGUAUUGUUCUCAAGAAUUAAAGCUUCAUGGUAUGUAUUGAAUAUCUUAUGAAUCUAAAGAAAAAAGUAAUAAAAGUCAAGUAUAUGUUAUUGUAAGAAAA